AUGCAUCAGACCCCCCGCGCUCCGCCUCGUACAGCCUCCCCCGCCCUGUCGGUCCAAACGAAUCCCACGAGGACGAAUAACCAGAGAGAUCUGGCAAAUCUUGCCGUCCGCCCGCCGUCUCGGCCAAGUUCCGCGAUUCAAGACGGGGCGGCGGGAGUGGGCGGCGGAAACCGUGGAACCACGAAUCCGAGUCGGGAAUCCGUCAAGAAACUGGACCAGAUCAUUCAGAAUGUCUACUCGAAGGCCGGCACCGUCAUACUACAGGCACGCAUGCAAGUCACUCCGAUUCUCGUGGGCAAAUCUCAGGAGAGGAGGACGAGUCGAUGGUUCCAGCUGGAUACGGACGACAUAGACGACUUUCGAGACGACUUUCGAGUAUGGAAACAAUGCGGUGGGCUCGAGAACCGCCCGCCCCCGUUAGUUAUCGAGACUUACCUCGACGCGUCUCACUUGAAGGGCGGCCAAAGUUUGGUGAUUCUGGACGAAAAUGGAAAGCGUUGGGACGUCGUUGAAGCCCUCAACUCAUCCGAUCAAUCCAGCGACAGUAGUUCUGGCCGUCAUGGGAGCAGGCCGGUUACCCACCUUGUAUUAGAACGAUGGCGCGUUGAGUUGAAAGGAAGCGUGCCCGAAAACCUGGAAGAUUUCGGGCUUCUUCUUCCAACAGUAUACAAGAAGGCCAUCGUCUUGAUGCGAUCGAUAUACACAACCACAGGUAUCCUGCCUGCCUGGAAGCUCGCCAGAAAUUCUAAAACUAAAGGCAUCCAUCCCGCAUUGGCCACUCGUUGCCAGGUCUUCUCGGGCGAGUCGCCGGCGUACGGGUCCGAUACUCUGAGAAUUCCCUUGUUCGAAGGGAGAGGGGACGUCUCUACCGAUUACAUGUUUGGCGAUCUCGAAGUCCCGGUGGGCCGUUUUUACGUUUCCGUCUCUUAUCGCAACCAUUGCAGUUUCCAAGUCGUCGAAACCGAAUCGCUGCUAAGCUCCCGUAUCGGCAUGGCCAUCUCCGAUGAUAUGUUCCGGCCGUCGUUGCCUCGUCGUGGACACGGACGCCACGAGUCUUACACGCCCGAGCCCGGGUCUCUUCCAUACCAUCGGCAUGCCCACGAUGUCACGGAGAACCAGCAACGAUACGGGAGCCUAUCCACGUUCCACGGCGAAGGGCCUAUCGGUACAAGUCCCAUAUCCGCCUUGAAAGCAGUCAAGGCUCCGGGUUCGGAUACCAGCUCGCCGAUCGAGUCUAGACCGGGGAGCCUUGAAGCCCCGCCCCACACUCUUCCGAUUGUCAGCGGCCCUGCACGAAAACCAUCCCUUAGAGGGUUAGAUACCACGAGACGCCCGUCCAUUUCCUUUCAAUCUUCGCCGUUCAAACAGGGCUCCCUAUCCGCUUUGCCUGUAACGCGAGCGCCAGAGCAGGAUGUGCCACCAUCGCCCCAGUCACUCAGUCGGCCCUUAGGGACAAAUAUAGCUGCGCACGCAAGGAACCGUUCCUCGCUCACGGCCGGGAUGCCGGCCUCCUUGCGAGGUGGGCCGCCCACCUCGACCACCGCCCCGGACAACCCCGUCGGCAGCUCACCAAGGCCGUCCGCCACCGGUCGGUUUAGUAGCAGCUUUACGCAUCGUCGCAACCGGCCGUCGCUCGGUGGUAUUAGCAGGGUGGAUGACGAUCAAAACAGCAGUGGCAAGCAGAGCCUCGCGUCUUCAGUUGCUCAACCAGGUUCCGGGCUAUUAAACGAGAUCGGAGCAGCCGGCAGUUCCGGAUCUUUUCAAACGGACGACGACAAUAUUAAAGACUUCUUGAAAGUUAUCGAAAGUAAGAGGACGCUACAGAGCUUCGAAUCCACCAAGAAAGGCGAGUCGGCGACCAAGAGAACAGCAGCCCAGCUCAGCAAGUUCCAUCUGAUGCGCGAAUCCAACAACGCUCUGACCGAAUCCAUGAAUUCCUCGAUGCAGCUCCAGCGCUCGUCCAGCUCCUCGAGCCGACAGCUAGGUAAUGUCCCGGGAAUGUCAGCAUCGUCGUCGCCCGGGGGGAAGCCGCUGUCGCCCCAUACCCCACAUACGCCCGCCAUCCCAUCUCGCUUGAGCGAAAACUCGAGCGUCGACUACACGCCGACGACGAGGCUUGCAUCGCGAGCGCGCAAUGUCGAAGACCUCGCUGAGGAGCCGACGGUAAUCGCGCAAACCACGCAUGAGGGAACAACCGCGAUCGACAUCCCGACAUCGCCGCGGCCGUAUCCUCACGCGAGGCGAUCCAGCUCGGUUGCCCACCCGAACCGCGCACUCGCCGACGACGACGACGCCCACCGCAGCGUCAGCCUUGGCGCCGAAGACCGUGAGGCUCCUAGCCUCAGCGUCCUGCUAGGGCUGGGUGCUGCCGAAGCAGAGGGCGCAUCCGCUGCGCCAGCUCUACAAUCGCCUGCUAACAUUAGAACGGCCAGUCCCCAAGAGAUGCUUGGACCGGAAUCCGAAUCUGUGGAAAGGGAAGUCGGGCCUCCGGGCGGCCUAAUGGGAUUCCCCAGCUCACCAUACAGGCGUUACGGCGGCAGCGCCGGCCAAGGAAUAGCAUCACCCCACUCGGCAAGCAGCAGUCUUGUCGGGUCCGGUGGUCGAUAUAUUAGAGGUAAUUCGCGGGGAGGCGCCACCGGCCUGGGCGUCGCGGGCGCGUCUGCGGAAGAGGCAGACGAUGAACUGCUCCUCUUCGACAUGUCAGAGAUAACCCGCGAUCAAUCUCGCCGCAGUACGGAGGAGGGGAGACACGGCCCCGGCGUUGAUAGAGGAGGAGGGGUCUACGAAUCCAACCAUAGGAGCCGUCGUUGGUAA